AGUGGAUCUGGUGAUAAAAUGUCUGGAAGCGAAGAUCCAGCUGGUUGAAGAGGAACUAGAUGCAGGUGGAGAUGGAGUUGAGUUUUUACGGGUAAUGAACUGAACCUCUAUAUCCCAGUGUUAUCAAGUGCUUACGCAGUAAUAUUAACAACAGAAACAUCUCUUUUACAGUAUUACCAAGAACCAGCAGAAAGGCCAUGCACAGAGCUCAGUGAACCACAGGGGACUCUUAUAAAUGUGGCCAAACACCUGGGAAACCUUCGAUUCUCUGUGUGGGACAAGAUGAAACACAUCACCCCAUUCACUCCGGUGACCCUGGAUCCCAGGACAGCAGGGAGGACUCUCCAAGUGUCUCAUGGGCUGCAUAGUAUCCUGACUAUGCCUGGAUCAACACAGAAAGAAAGCCAUGGUGUUCCUGUCCCAGCAAAUCCAGAACGUUUCCACCCUAUGUCCUCCGUCCUGUCAAGGGAGGGGUUUAACUCAGGAGUGCACAGCUGGGACAUCGAGGUUGGUGACACAGAUAACUGGACCACAGGAGUGGCUGUUCACUCGAUAUCCAGACAGAUAGCUUUUGAAGCGUGUCCCGAGGCCGGCCUCUGGUGCAUCUGCCUGCGUAAUGGAGAGUAUCUGGCCCUGACCACUCCCUCUCACACCCUUAACCUUGAGGGGUCACGCCAUCUUACGAGGAUCCAUGUGAAGUUGAACUGGGACGAAGGGUGGCUUGAUUUUAAAAAUGCUGACACUAAUGGGUCUAUUUUCACAUUCAGACAUCGCUUUGAGGAGAGGGUCUACCCGUACUUUGAGAGUAUAUCCACCAGUGGGAUCCUGUCUCUUGUGGCACAGAAAGUCAGCGUCAGCUUAGAUCAUGAUUAUAUGGAAGACGCUGCUAUCACUAACGAAGUUCAGGCGACAAAAAGUAACUCCGCUGCAACAGACAUUACAACUGCACCAACUAACAGCGAGAUGUCUGAGAGUAGAGAAGGAGGAGAAGAGAAAAAGGAGAAAAAAAGUCAGAAAUCCACCAUGAAGAGUCAGUUCGUUAAAAGAAAACCCACUGCUGCAAGGGUAAAGACAUCAGAAAACAAAAGUGAUGUGAAAAAACAGACCAGCAAGAACCGAUUCAGUGACAACUACCAUAUUUCACUGUUCAGAGCCAUGAAGCUCACCAACAAGGAGACCAGUAAAGAAAAAUAAGUCCGGAAGAAAUUAUGUUAAUCCCAUAUUGCUUCUAGCUAAAGUCUGAUUCAGUCAUAUUGUCUGAAAUGUAAAAAUGUGGGAUGAAACUGUAUAUACAUUUAUUGUUGCAUCCUCUGAAUGUUUCCAACAACAGAGGCUUGAAUUUAUCUAAAACUGAAAGCAGAUUUUUUAAUGUGUGUGCCUGUUUUGUUUUCAUAUUAAACUGUUAAUUCUGUUUUUCUGUCCUAAUGCAAAAAGAUUUUCUUGACUUGUGUUUUCCUCAUCAUUUAACAGUAAAUACUCACUGCUGUACCACACAGUGUGAAACUGUGCAAAUAAGACACAAA